AUGCCCAAGUGGAACCUUCUUGGGGGUCUUUCUAAAGACAGUGGUGCCAGUCCUGCCAUGCUGACUCAUUCAUGCACAGGAUCCUCCUUGCGCCUUCUCCAGAAUAUUCGCGAGAACUGGUCACCUUUUCAGUCUUCAGGUUUCACCUUCGCUUUUCCGGUUCCAUCUCAGAGCCAACCACCAGUCGCCUGCUGCAGACCACUGGAGCACCACCCACCUGUGGUGUUGCUGACUCACCCAGGGUGCCCCCAGCCCGCACCUGCGCUACCAGACAAGGAGAAUGCUUUUGCGCCCUGGCAUCUGCUUCAGAACUACAAUUCCGAGUGUGAGGCCGCCAUCAACAACCAGGUUGCCUUUGAGCUGCACGCCUCUUAUAUUUACAUGUCCAUGGCCUCCUACUUCAACCGUGGAGACGUGGCCUUGAAGCACUUCAGCCUGUUCUUCCUUCAGCAGUCGUACAAGGAGAGGGAACACGUGGAGUAUCUGCUGGGGCUGCAGAACCCGGGUGCCAGCAACCCCCGCUGGUGGAACAUGCCCAGGCCUGAGGAAGAGAACUGGGAGAAUGGCCUGAGGGUCCUGGAGUGUGCCUUGCAGCUGGCGAAGAAAGUGCCCCAGAGCCUGCUGAGUCUGCACCAGCUGGCCACCAAGAAGCACAGCCGCAUCUGCAACUUCCUGGAGUGUGACUACUUCCAUGAGCAAGUGGUGUUCAUUCAAGAGUUGGGGGACCAUAUCACCAACCUGCAGAAGCUGGGGGCCCCGGAAGAUAGCCUGACAGAGUCCCUUUAG